AUGGUUGAUGCCGAACCCGCUAUUUCCAGGCUCUCUCGCGCACCACCCCUCGUCCCACCGACAGAUCUUACCCCCGCAGCCCUCUGCCUCUCCCUCCACAACGUUGCCUCAUCCCACAUCGGACGCAAGCUGCGAAUGGUGGUGCAGAUUCUCGCCCUCGACCAGUCCCACAAGGCAACCCACGUCCUCGCGACGUCGCACGCAACGCAACCGCGCCCGCUCCUCUUCCUCAGCCUCGACAGGGUUCUGCUCGGCCGCCAUCCUAGCCUCCAGUCCGCGGAUUGGUGGGAAACACCACAGCAGCAAGGGACCUCGACGCAGAGCCCCCUCACCAAGCCGAUUGGUCCUGAGGGCGGUGCCCGCACGCCCCGCUCUCCGCUGGCGCUGCGACCUGGGGAGUGGAUCAGUGUCGUUGGCUGGCUUGAGGCGUCUGACAUGCCACGAGAGAUCAUCGUUCCAGACGGGUACACGCCGCCGCUUGACGCCGUGCUGGAUUGCAUCCACGUCUCUAUGGCGCGUGAGCCACCCCCGGGGAGCGUGUGUCGGGGGGACCUGGCCGUGGGUGGCUAA